AUGAAGGACGCGCCGGCGCCGGCGCCGAAGAAGGGCAAAGGCAAGGCUGCAGUGAAGCCUGCGCCCAAGCCGGCGGCGAACGACAGUGAAGACGACGAGGUCGAGAUGGACUUUGAAGAGCUCGUGGCAGCCGGUGCUGCGUUGCAGAAGCUCGGCGCCGUCGACGCGGCCGCCGAGACCUUCGCAAAGGCGCUCGCGAUGCAACCGGAAGACGUCGACGUCAUGAGCUCGCUGGCGCAUGCGUACGAAGCCUGCGACGAGAAGACCAAGGCCAUUGCACUCCACGAAAAGGUCGUCACCAGAGUCCCGACCAACGCACCCACGUGGUUUGCGCUCGGCGCACUGUACCAGGACGUCGAGAAGCUCGAGAAGGCGAUUAGCGCAUUCCGCAAGGUCAUUGCCCUCGAUGAUGCCAACGCGUCUGUGGCCUUUGCAGCGCUUGCCAACUGCUACGGCGAGCAAGGCGACAUUGACGGCGCCGUCGGCGUCUUCGAGUCGGCCGUCGCCAAGGACCCGAGCAACGCCAAGUACCAGUACAACCUGGCCACGAUGCUUGUGGCGCGCGGGACCAAGGCCGACCAGAAGAAGGCGAUAACUGCGUACGAGGCAGCACUGGCGCUCGAGACGAACCGCCAGCGCGAUAUUUACGACGACCUGGCCGCUCUCUACGACAGCAUGGGCGACAAGGCCAAGGCGGCGCAUGCGCGGGAGAUGAUGGCCAAACGAGGAAGAUGA